GGAUAGUGAGAAGAGAUGUACGGCAGUUAGAAGGUGAAGUUGAAGAAUCACAGAACCCUGAACAAUUAGAAACAUCCCAGGAUUCUUCAACCUCAGGGGGCAGUGUUGGAUUUAGUUGUAAUGGUUGUACUACUCAUGAGUAUUUGAGUGUUUACUAUAUAAUUUAAGUUGUUUUCUAUUGGUCGAAACAUUGGCUGUUUGGUCAGCCAUUUUGUUUGGCAUUCUAUUCGCUUGGUGUGUGGGACACGGAUCGUUGUGAUAAUUUGUUGUUGUUGUUGUUGUUGUUGCUUAAUCACAUUGAAUAACCACAUACGAUAUUUAUUUAAAUGUUCCAAAUAAAUAUUCCGAAUACUCAAAGAGCUUUUACUUCAUUGACUUCGGGUGCGUUAUUCUGGUGAAUCUAACGUUAUGCAACGAAAAUCCUACAGUUAUUCAAGUGUUUUGCGUCAACAACGACAACAUCUAGAAGAUAGUAUGCCAGAUUUAUCUGUUCAGUUAGAAAAGCCUGAAAGUCCUGUCUUAAGCUGCCAAAAGAGCCUACGUGAGAAGGAAAUAGAAAUAGAAUUGGCAAAGCUAAAAUUACAAGAAGUGGAAAAAAGGCUAUUGUUGGAAAUGCUGUUACGAGAAAGAUGUCCCCAAAAUUCCAGCGAAAGAGGAGACAUGAGGCGCGACACCUGUCCUACAACGAAUUAUGUAGAAAGAUUCUUCGAACUGCCAAAGCCAGAAAUAAGGAGAUUUGACGGAAACCAAAAGGAGUAUUGGAUAUUCACGAAAGGGUUUCAGAAAGUUGUAGAACAAGCGACAACCGACGACGCCAUACGUUCGAAUUACUUAAUGCAAUUUUGCACAGUAUGAUCGAACAAUCUAGAAGUUGUUUUCUAUUGGUCGAAACAUUGGCUGUUUGGUCAGCCAUUUUGUUUGGCAUUCUAUUCGCUUGGUGUGUGGGACACGGAUCGUUGUGAUAAUUUGUUGUUGUUGUUGUUGUUG